AUGGGGCUGGGGGAGGAGGGUGACGGCGGCGCUGGGGAUGAGGGUGACGGAGGUGGGGCUAGGGAGGAGGGUGACGGCGGCAGUGGUGGAGGAGAUGGCAAGAAGAACAUGGAAGAAGAGGUUCAAGCAUACAAGGAUCGGGAAGACUACCUCAGCGGAUUGUACGGAUAUGGGAGGGCGGAUUAUGAAGAUUUCAAUGGUCCAUCCUCAUAUUAUCCAUACGGUAAUCCACCACCACCACCACCACAUAAUCAAGAAUACUACUACGAACCCGACUUGCCACAUUUCUCAAGUUAUCGGGAGGAGUAUGAUGAUUAUUAUAAUGAAUACCCUCAGCCGGCAUCUGAGGAACCUCAAGAUUCAGUGCAUUCCAAGCUUGAUGCUCUCAUAAACAUGGUGAAAGGAUAUCACGAGGAUAUCAAAGAUAUGAAGAAAGGGAAUGAAGUGAGAGAUAAAGCCCAUGAAGUAUUGGUGAUGCAAGUGGGUCAAUUAGCGGAGGAAAUAGCCCAAAUAAAACACGAGCGAGAUGUUUUGGCUAAUGGUACCAUGGUUGAUUGUGAUGUGGUGGAAGAGGUCAUAGAUCUUUCGGAGUAA